AUGCCGCCUAAGGACUGGGGCACAACGAUCUACCCGAAAUACUGGGCUACGGUUAGCAACGGCAACGGCGACAACGCCAAGGUGCACCUGAUCCACUUCGCCAUGAACGCGGCUGCCAGCGAGGACAUCACUCUGGGCGGCACGGACGCCAACGAACGUGCGCCUCACCUCGCGCAGAUCGGCAGCGGCGGCAUGCUGGCUGUGUGGGAGGGCAGCUCGUCGGGUGGCGACUUCAUGGAGGGCGGUGACCGCACGAUGUACGCGCAGGUGCUGGACGCUUCGUCGGGUAAGGCCAUCAGCGAUAAGGUGACAGUGGACAAGUCCGUGGUGGGCAACCGCUACCAGGCUCUGAAGACGUACCCGGACGGCAGUGUUGCAUACCUGUCGAAGGGCAAGACGGACUCCUCGCUGCAGGUGGUGCGUUUCUACGGCUGCUAA